GGGCAGGCGUUCAUUGAUAAAAACGCCGGGCUCCCUCGGGCGCGAGCGCAGCGUAGCGAAUCGAGGUAACGCCACGCGCAUCUUUGGCCGGGCGGAACCGAGACAAGCCGGGCCCGCGCAGCGACGCACGCUCCGCCAGCAUGGAGCCCGCCGCGGGCUUCCAGUCUCCGCGCCCCUUCCCGCGUGCGGCCGCCCCGCCCGCGUCCCACGCCGGGCCCGGGCCGCCUGAGAACGCCAUGCCGGGAGCUGAGCUGGAGAUGCUGGCCGGGCCGCCGGCGACGGAUCCAGGGCGCCUCAUCACCGACCCGCGCAGCGGCCGCACCUACUUCAAAGGCCGCCUCUUGGGCAAGGGGGGCUUCGCCCGCUGCUACGAGGCCACUGACACGGAGACUGGUAACGCCUACGCAGUCAAAGUCAUCUCCCAGAGCCGCAUCACCAAGCCUCAUCAGCGCGAGAAGAUCCUAAACGAGAUCGAGCUGCACCGCGGUCUGCAGCACCGUCAUAUCGUGCGUUUCUCGCACCACUUUGAGGAUGCUGACAACAUAUACAUUUUCCUGGAGCUCUGCAGCCGAAAAUCCCUGGCCCACAUCUGGAAGGCUCGGCACAUCCUUUUGGAGCCAGAAGUACGAUACUACUUGCGGCAGAUCCUUUCCGGGCUCAAGUACUUGCACCAGCGGGGCAUCUUACACCGAGACCUCAAGCUGGGUGAGACUCCUGGGCCAGCAGGAUGCAGGGUUGGGGAGGCAGAGAGAAUGGAGUCUAACACACCUCUCUGCCCCCAUCCAGGGAAUUUUUUUAUCACAGAGAACAUGGAACUGAAGAUAGGUGAUUUUGGGCUGGCAACCCGGUUGGAGCCCCCAGAGCACAGGAAGAAAACCAUCUGUGGCACCCCCAACUAUGUGGCUCCAGAAGUGCUGCAGAGACAGGGCCAUGGCCCUGAGGCUGAUGUGUGGUCCCUGGGCUGUGUCAUGUACACGCUGCUGUGUGGGAGCCCCCCCUUUGAGACAGUUGACCUAAAGGAGACUUACCGCUGCAUCAAACAGGUUCACUAUACAUUGCCCACCAGCCUCUCACUGCCUGCCCAGCAGCUUCUGGCUGCCAUCCUUCGAGCCUCGCCCCAAGACCGGCCCUCGAUUGACCAGAUCCUGCGCCAUGACUUCGUCACCAAGGGCCACACCCCCGACCGGCUCCCUGUCAGCAGCUGUGUGACAGUCCCAGACCUGGUACCCCUUAACCCAGCUAGGAUUCUCUUUGUCAAAGUUACCAAGAGCCUCUUUGGCAGGAAGAAGAAGAGUAAGAAUCGUCCUGAGGAGCAGAACGAGGUCUCCUGUUUGGUGAAUGGCCUCACUCGGAUGUCGAUUGGCCGUCAGGCCACCAGGCCUGAGUCCCUCCAGGCUCCAGCAGCUUCUGGUCCUGCCCACCUCAGCCUGGUGGAAACAGCACCUGAAGACAGCUCACCCGGUGGGACAGUGGCUAGUAGUGGAGAUGGAUUUGAAGAAGGUCUUACUGUGGCCACAGUGGUGGAGUCAGCCCUCUGUGCUCUGAGAAAUUGCCUGGCUUUCAUGCCCCCGGCGGAACAGAACCCGGCUCCCCUGGCACAGCCAGAGCCCCUGGUGUGGGUCAGCAAGUGGGUUGAUUACUCCAACAAGUUUGGCUUUGGGUAUCAACUGUCCAGCCGCCACGUGGCUGUACUCUUCAACAAUGGCACACACAUGGCUCUGUCGGCCAACAGAAAGACUGUGCACUAUAACCCCACCAGCACUAAACACUUCUCCUACUUGGUGGGCGCUGUGCCUCAGGCCCUGCAGUCUCAGCUGGGUGUCCUGCGAUACUUUGCCUCCUACAUGGAACAACGUCUCAUGAAGGGUGGUGAUCUGCCCAGUGUUGAAGAGGUAGAAGUGCCUGUCUCCCCACUCCUGCUGCAGUGGGUCAAGACUGAUCAAGCCCUACUCAUGCUGUUUAGUGAUGGCACUGUCCAGGUGAACUUCUAUGGAGACCACACCAAGCUGAUCCUCAGUGGCUGGGAACCCCUCCUUGUGACUUUCGUCGCCCAAAAUCGCAGUGCUUGUACUUACCUCGCUUCCCACCUUCGGCAGCUGGGCUGCUCCCCAGACCUGCGGCAGCGCCUCCGCUAUGCUCUGCGUCUGCUCCGGGACCGCUGCCCAACCUAGGCCCCAGCCUGCAGAGCAGGCAAUGACCCAAGCCCAAGCCCUCAGGCCUAGGGCCUUUGCCUUUUAAGGCUGUGGCCCUUGCCUUUGUGGCACUCCCUGUCCCUUUGGUGCCUCACUGGGGGCUCUGGGCCAAAUCCCCCAGGGAAUCAGGGACCAGCUUUACCGGGGUUGGAGGCUGCCUAUCCUAGCUGCCUCCUACCCCUUCUCCAAGAAAAGCCUGAGCCUUAGCCCCCAGUUAGGGGCGUUAUUUAUGGACCACUUUUAUUUAUUCACAUUUAUUUAUUGGAAUAUGAGCUCCAGGAAGGGCCUCCUUCUGGGAUAAUAAACCGUUUUUGCAGAA